AGGCGGGGGAACGGGGCUCAGGCAGCAGGCGCACGGGCGCCAUGAGCGAGGCGGAUGGGCUGCGGCAGCGCCGGCCCGUGCGGCCGCAGGUUGUCACGGACGAUGCCCGGGUCCCGGAGGCCAAGGGCGGCAGCUCCUUCAGUGGCAGAGUGUUCCGAGCCACCUUCCUGAUGCUGGCUGUGUUCCUCACCGUCCCCCUGCUUGGUGCCAUGAUGCUGCUGGACUCUCCCAUAGACCCACAGCCUCUCAGCUUCAAAGAACCCCCGCUCUUGCUUGGUGUCCUGCAACCAAAUACGAAGUUGCGACAGGCGGAAAGGCUUUUUGAAAAUCAGCUUGUUGGGCCAGAGUCCAUAGCACAUAUUGGGGAUGUAAUGUUCACUGGUACAGCAGAUGGUCGAAUCGUAAAACUUGAAAACGGUGAAGUAGAGACCAUCGCCCGGUUUGGCUCAGGCCCAUGCAAAACCCGAGAUGAUGAGCCUGCUUGUGGGAGACCCCUGGGCAUCCGGGCCGGGCCCAACGGGACCCUUUUUGUGGCUGAUGCAUACAAAGGGCUAUUUGAAGUAAAUCCCUGGAAAGGUGAAGUAAAACUGCUGCUGUCCUCCGAGACACCCAUUGAGGGGAGGAAAAUGUCCUUCGUGAAUGAUCUUACAGUAACUCGGGACGGGAGGAAGAUUUAUUUUACGGAUUCUAGCAGCAAAUGGCAAAGACGAGAUUAUCUGCUGCUGGUGAUGGAGGGGACAGAUGAUGGUCGCCUGCUGGAGUACGAUACCGAGACCAAGGAGGUGAAGGUUUUGCUGGACCACUUGCGGUUUCCCAACGGGGUGCAGCUCUCACCUGCGGAGGACUUUGUCCUGGUGGCGGAAUUGACCAUGGCGAGGAUCAGGAGGUUCUACGUGUCUGGCCUGAUGAAGGGAGGGGCCGACCUGUUUGUGGAGAACUUGCCUGGAUUCCCAGACAACAUCCGAGCCAGCAGCUCCGGGGGUUACUGGGUCGGCAUGUCGACCGUUCGCUCCAAUCCUGGGUUUUCCAUGUUGGAUUUCUUAUCCGAGAGACCGUAUCUUAAAAGAAUGAUUUUUAAGCUGUUCAGCCAGGAGACGGUGAUGAAGUUCGUGCCGCGGUACAGCCUCGUCCUGGAGCUCAGUGACAGCGGGGCCUUCCGGAGGAGCCUGCAUGACCCCGAUGGGCAGGUGGCCGCUUACGUGAGCGAGGUGCACGAGCACGACGGGCACCUGUACCUGGGCUCCUUUAGGUCCCCUUUCCUCUGCAGACUACGCCUGCAGUCUGCUUAGGCCCGUCGUUGCCCUGUGCGCCACCCCUGGGCCAGGAGGUGCGUGGACACACCCUUCCCACCUGCACCUGCCGGUCCGCAGCGGUGUGGUGCAGCCUCUCGGGGCACUGUUACCUGGACACCUGGACUUGGCCUUGCAUCUGCCCUGGGGAAGAUGAGUCCCAUGUCUCUUAAAAACUCUCCCAAGUGCAGUGAUUCUUUAGGCCCCAGGGACUUGGUGCACUUAACAGGCUUCAGGUGUGGGGAUGGAGCUGUGGGUGAGUCGGCUGGCGUCGCGCUUUUGCUGCUGGCUGUGUCCCGCCAGCCUCGAUGUCUUUGUUGUUAAAUGGGUGAUACGUGUCUUUGUGAGAGGGGCUCCGGGAGGGCGCGGAGAGCUCAGAGGAAACGUGUGUGAAGCCUCGGAUGGGCUGUGCAGGUGAAGAGGGCACGCUACGUUCCCCAGAAUCAAGUGAGACCUGAGCCUCGGCCCUGGGCGUCCCUCCCGUGGCUCCCUCCCUCCUGCUGCACCUGGCCCCUCCCUACCCGGGUACCCGCCAGCGCUCUGCAGGCAAGGACCUGGGUGUGUGUGGAGGAAGAGCACGUUGAUUCCAGCAGCUCAGAGGACUCACCGGCUUCUCCGUGGACAGCCUGCCGUGUGGAUCAGAGGAUGGGGAGUGAAGGUGGGCGCUGGGCACCAGGAGUCCUGUUCACACACCUGGUUCCUCACCCCAGACCCAGGUGUGAAUAGUGCACGUGCUGGGGUUGCGUCUGCUCUAGUGUUACAAGCCUGAUGCUGCUCUGUAUCCUGACGGGGUGUCCACACGUGGUCCCGGUUGGGGGGUGAUCCGUGUGAUUGUGGUAAUUAAAUGGACUUUCCUGCUGAUUAACCUCU